AUGUUCUCUAUUACACGCUGGCUAUCUAGCUGGCCGCUGUGGCCGCUGUUGCUGCGCUGGCCGUCAGGUCUGCUUUCUCUCAUUCGCAAUGCAACCCUCCCUAGCUUCCAUUUCCUAAAAUGGGAGAGCAGCAAAGAGCAGGACGUUGAGAACAGUGCAUCUGUGUCUACCGAAACAGAAAAGGAUCUAGCCAUCAACCCUCAAGACACUUCUCCACUCGGAGAUAUCGAACAAAAUAUCAUUGUAUCAAAGGGAGAGCUUAUAGCCGGCGGAUCAACAGGACUUAUCGAGCUCAUGCCAUCCGGCUAUGUGGCCAAAUCGCCAUGGACCGGACGCGAAGCCGCUCUGUGUCGUCGUGAGUUGACACUCGAGAGCCAGAUAUAUGAGAUACUAGGCCCUCAUCCCCGCUUAGUAAAGAUCAUUUCAUGGGAUCCUACAGAGUGCGUUCUUGUUAUGGAAUACAUGCCGAACGGAUGCCUCAAGGAUUACCUUCUUGCUCAUAACGACAUAUCAACGACACAGCGGCUACGGUGGGCACAAGAGGCGGCAGAAGGACUUCAAUUGCUACAUUCCAAAGAAGUGGUUCACUGCGACCUAGGGCCUAAGAACUUCUUAUUAGACGCAGAUCUAAGCCUCAAGAUCGCUGAUUUUAGUGGUUCCUCUCUCAAAGGCUCUCGAACUCAAGCCUGCGCGUCGUCGAGAUUUCUAACGCCUGCCUUCGACUAUCGUGUUCCGCAAACUCCGCCAACUGUUCAAUACGAUUUAUACGCGCUAGGCUCUACAAUUUAUAAUAUCAUGACUAACAAGGCGCCUUAUGAAGAAAUGGAAAGUAAGGAAGUUCGGAAACUCUACGAGUCUCGAGAAUUCCCUGAUGUCAGUGGAACAUUAUGUGGAGAGAUAAUCCAACGCUGCUGGCAUUGCGAAUUUGAAUCUGCUCAAGAGGUUUACGACCUUAUUCGAGGUGUAGAAGUAGAGCAAUCCUGUAAGUUUGGAUUCCUAAAACUUUGGAAUGUAUUUGAAUGCCACUCGCUUUUGGGUUUUAGGGCGUCAUUAUGA